AUGGCCUUUCUUAAUUUCUUUUUUAGCGAUAAUCUUUCAACUGCUCGACAAACCUUUGGUCUUACUUUCAUAAUGGCACGUUCUGCUGCCUUAGUCUUACACGUUGAUGCUGCUAUGAUUUUAUUCCCUGUUUGUAGAAACUUACUUUCUAUGCUUCGUUCUACUCCCCUAAAUGGUAUUAUCCCUUUUGAUGAGAACAUUGAAUUCCACAAAGCUAUCGGCUGGUCUCUCUUAUUCUUCACUAUUGUUCACACCGUUUCUCAUUGGAUCAACUUUUACGAGCUCGCCAGAGCUCAAAAUGGUGGUAUUGUUAUGUGGCUUGAACUUAACUUCGCCACUGGUCCUGGUGCUACUGGUUAUGUUAUGUUAAUUUGCUUAGGUAUAAUGGUGUAUACUGCUACUGACAAUGCCAGACGUCGUCACUUUAAUCGUUUUUGGUACCUUCAUCAUCUUUUCAUUCCUUUCUUCGGUGCUUGGUCAUUUCACGGUGCUUUCUGUAUGAUCAAGCCCGAUCGUGCUCCUUUUUGUAACGAUAUUGCUGUAUUUUGGAAAUAUUGGAUCGCUUCUGGUGUCAUUUAUGUUAGUGAACGUAUUCUCCGUGAAAUAAGAGCCCAACAAAAAACUUUCAUUUCAAAAGUUGUCAUGCAUCCUUCUCGUGUUGUUGAAAUUCAAAUCAAAAAGAACGUUGCUACAAAAGCUGGUCAAUAUAUCUUUUUAUGUUGUCCUGAAGUUUCUUACUGGCAAUGGCACCCAUUUACUUUAACUUCCGCUCCCGAAGAAGGUUAUAUUUCAAUUCACAUCCGUGUUGUUGGUGAUUUUACUGAAGCUUUGGCAAAACAACUUGGUUGUAAUUUUGAAGAAGAAGCUGAGUUACGUAAGAAGAAUAGAGACCGCAUAAAAAGUCAAUACGAUGGUAUUGAUCUUUCUGCUGAUAAUCCUAAAUUGUUAAAAGUUUUACCUCGUGUUAUGGUUGAUGGUCCUUUUGGCAGUGCAUCUGAGGAUGUAUUCAAAUUUGAAGUUGCUAUGCUCGUUGGUGCUGGUAUUGGUGUCACUCCAUUUGCUAGUAUUCUUAAAAGUAUCGGGUCAAUUAUCCAAGAAAAUCCACCAAACUUCGUAAAGUAUACUUCUUCUGGAUUUGCCUCUUUUGAAUGGUUCCAAUCGCUAUUGUUAGCUCUUGAAGAACAAGAUAUUGAACAAUUUAUUGAAAUUCAUACGUACCUAACUGGCAGAUUGCGCCAUUCAGAAGUAGGAAACAUUCUUGUUAAUGAUGACGGCAAUGUAAAAGACACCAUCACAGGUCUUAGAGCGCCAACGCAUUUUGGACGUCCAAAUUGGGAUAAAAUUUUUUCAAACAUGAGAGACCAAUAUCCGGCUACCGAUGUAGGUGUAUUCUUUUGCGGUCCAAAACCGCUUGGAAAACAACUGCAUGAAAAAUGUAAUUUAUGGAGCCAAGGAUUUGAUGAUGGUACAAGGUUUUUCUACGGAAAAGGUGUGCUUUCUUGA